CUGUAAAAUUCACAGCGAUGCAAAAAUGCAAUGCAACGCUACCGAGACUCCUGAACAUUCCCAGGUACAAAAUCUGAUUUUGAGAACUGAGAAAAAUGAGAUUGAACCAUCGAUGGAGAUUGCCAAUACUUCGCUACGGGGGUACAUAACAGACCCGGGCGUUGUUGAGAACGUGGCAGGACCUAAAAAAGCUCGUUGGCAAGUAACGGUAACUUCUGACGACUGCGCUCUCAAAAAACACUUCCAAGGUUGGCAGGUAUGCACAAAAGUUCAAGCAGACGAUUACCACAACGAUGACCAGACUUCGAAGGAGACUGAAUCUUCGGAAGAAUCCGCAACCACGCCGUUCAUCGCAAAGCUUCAUGCAGCUACCAGCUAUGAUUGUCAAGACUCUAAAAAUAUCGAGGAAGACGAAGAACCGGGACACGGGAGUAUUUUGCUGAAGGAAUAUCUAAAGUUGCUCACCAACGGCGAUGCACGAAUAAAUUUUAUUAUCGGGGUCUUGUCCCAAGCCAUUCAUAAGCGUAAAACAUUCGUCAUCUGUGGAUCCUUCCCCGUCUUGAGAAAGCCCUUGGUAAAAAGGGGAUGGCUCGAAAAACGAACCAUCCGGAAAAUGAUGUCCAUGGCUCCCCAAUCCAACGUUGGUGGCUUAGAACACAUUGAAAGACUUCUGAGACACAAUGUGGCUGAUUUUGUUUGGUACACGACAAAACAUUCCCCUGCGAUUAGACUGGAAAAUCGGACGUUGAUCAAUAAAUUUUCUGGGUGUUACUUUACGUCAAAGGUCGACAUGUGUAAUAAUUUGGAGAACGUCUAUUGGUUCUACGAGUCGGGAAUUUCGAACAUCCAAUUUCCCCGAUGUUACAACAUUUAUCAACCUUCUCAGGUCUCAGAUUUCAAAGCUGACUAUCGUAUCACUGCGUGUUUGGGAAUGCUUAAAUGGUUUCUCAGCUUUGCUAAGACAGCAGGUCCGGAGGCGACAUGGUCAGAAAAUGGCAAUAUUCCUAUAAACGCGAUUCUUUUUGCCCUGGAACGAUGCACUGAAUUCAUCAGUGUUUACGCGCACGAGGACAUCGACAGAGAAGAUUACCAGGAAGUCUCUAUGGUUGUUUGGGAUGAGUUUCUGGAAUGGUAUUACUCUAUUAUGCAGGGCGAUGGUGUGCUUAGAAGGAAUUCGAAAGUAAAAAUAAACGAAUUGGCGGUAUUUGCCGAGAACAUCUUAAUAGCAGCAUCAAAGUAUCGAUAUCUGCAAGGAGACCUCGACGGAAUGCGUGAUGUUUGGAUAUUAAAACCAGGUGAUAAGAGCUUGGGAAGGGGGAUCGUUCUGAUGGAUCGUUUGCCCGAUAUUUUAAACAAAAUUACUCAGACGGCUAAGGAAGGAAUGCAAUACGUGGUGCAAAAGUACAUAGAAAGUCCCCUGCUGGUUUACAAUAAAAAAAUUGAUAUCAGACAGUGGUUUCUCAUCACAAGUACGCAUCCAUUGGUCGUUUGGAUGUACAGCGACAUCCUCAUCCGGUUCGCCUCGCGGGAUUUCACUUUAAACGAUUUUCACGAAUCUAUUCAUUUGUGCAACACCAUGGUGCAAAUUAAGUAUCGAAAAAAACGUCAAAAGGACUCGAAGGUUCCCGAAGAGUUGCACUGGAAUCUUCAAGAUUUCAAGGACUACCUAAAAGGGUUGAACCAGGAAUCUGCAUGGGAUAAAAUCAUCCGACCUGGAAUAAGGCAGAAUUUAAUUGGAGCGUUACUCGCAUCCCAGAACAACAUGGUGAACCGAAAGAACAGUUUCCAGUUAUAUGGAGCCGAUUUUGUCAUAAUGGAUGAUUUUUCCGUUUGGUUGAUCGAAAUCAACACGAAUCCACGACUUCACCCACCCAGCAGCAUCGUAACCAGCAAAUUGUAUCCAGAGGUCAUUGAGGACACGAUCAAAAUUGUAAUCGAUAGACGAAGGAAUAAGAAGGCUUCGUAUGGGAAAUUUACGUGCAUAUUCAAGCAGAAGAAUCCGAUAUGCGGAACAAACUCUCUCGGACAGGGGACUAGCCUCGGGAUUCGAGGACACUCCGUGUUUCGAACGAACAAACUAGUUGGGAAUCUCCGUGCUAACACGACACCAUCUCUGUAUUGAAAAUUGAUUAUAAUAUAAUGGAUUGCUCUUGUUCCAAUGAUUUUAUUAGAAAAACAGAAAAAACAUGAAACUAGAAACUAAAGCUACGA